UUCAGUAAGUUAUGUAAAAGAAUAUGAGAAUCCCUCUUUUCACGGCUUUGAAUGCCCAUCUAGUACAGUUUUUUUUCCAUUUCCUUGAUUUAUAUCUCACGUGCAAAAUGGUAUUGCAUACCUGGCUUUUUUUUUUCUGAACCUGCAUGCCUUCGAGGACAGGUACUCGCGUGUCAGUGCCGGCUCUAGCGGUGCCGGUUAGGAAAAGCAGUGCCGGUUAAGGUCGCCUCUGUUCAUAGAAUAUUGUAGAAUAAUGUAGAACAAAGGACACAAGCGUGCUUUUACCGCCUAGAGCUAGAAAAAUGACAACUGUUUCGACGAUUCAGUUUCUUUAUUGUGUGACCUCCACACCGUUCUACUUGAUUACUUUUUCGGAACCUUACUGAUACUAGUACAUACUUCGGUGUACAUUCCUGCUUUUGAACGUAAAGUGUGUACACGUGAUUGCCCGUCAUGUGGUGUACGAAGCGAUUAGUCAGACUGUCAAGCUCGUUAGUCAAAUAGCAUUAGUCAGUGUUGAUUCGCUAAGAAGUGCAGACCCCUGUAUCAAGAAAGUUUACAACUGUGGAGUUAUGGCGACUCACGACCUGGAGAAUUUUAUGGGAUCUGCGAAACGGGAAUGUCAGAAUUUUUCUAAUGGAUCGUCAAGUAUCUCUUAUAAAUUGCCUGAUGGAAUGGUGCCAUUAGAUUCUCAAGUCGGAGGACAUGCAUUCAGCGAUCGAUGUGGUUUAAUUGGUAUAUUGCGAGGAAGAGACUGCCGUGUAUUGAAGUCCUGUGCAAAAAAAAUUCUUAGCGAAAGAGAAAUCGCUUUUUACGAACGAUUACAGGACACUGCGGAUCCCUUGAUGCGUCAGCUACGACAGGUCACACCCAGGUAUUAUGGAACAACGGAGAUGAAUAUUUCUGGAAACCGAGUAAAAUUUCUUGUUCUGCAAGACAUAACAGCAGGAAUGUCUGAGCCAUGCGUAAUGGAUAUCAAAAUUGGAAGACGUACAUGGGAUCCAUUAGCAAGCUCUGAGAAAGAAGCAUAUGAAAAGUGCAAGUACGCAGAAUCAAAAGGAGUCUAUGGUUUCUGCAUUCCAGGUUUUCAAGUUUACUGCCUUUCCACUGGCUGUUUAAGAAAGUAUGGCAAGGACUUUGGCAAGACUCUGAAUGCCGAGACAAUUGUAGAAGCUCUUGGGAUGUUUCUGAACGCAAAACAUGAUGAACGACCACAUCCCGUUUUAAUGGAACAGCUUUUAACACAACUAAGACGCAUCCGAUGCAUUUUCCGCCACCAGAAGAAACUAAGAUUUUAUUCAAGCUCCUUAUUAGUCGUUUACGAUGCUUCGGUACUGCAGUCUUUCAUAGGAGGAUCUAUAGAAUCUGCAAAUUUUACGGAUUCUCGAUUGUCAUCAAUAGUUGAACCUCUUCCUGGUCUACCAAAUUCUCGCCUCUGCCAAGUAGAAACCAUACAGUCAUCCAGAAACCUGUCUAUUUCUUCUGCAAUCACUCUGGUUUCCAGUCGUCCUACUUCUCCUGAUUAUCAAGAUCAAAAUCCGUUAACGAACCAGAACGGAAACGACGGCGAAAACAAAGGAAGUCCUAUAGAGAGAUCGAGGAACUCGAAGAGAUCUCGCGUUGCGUGUUUCCAAGCUCAGUCUACCCCACUGAUGUCUCGACUCUCCAGGGGAAAAAGAAAAAAUAAAGACCCAGAGCAUAGAGGUAUCACGCCGACUACUAAACUAGAACGUAACAAUUACACUAAACUGGACAUAAAUAGACUAAAUGCAAAGAAGGUUCGAGGAACAAACUGCCAUGGGUACGAGCCCAGAAUCUGUAAUCAAAGACAGCCUCAGUGGGUGACGGUCAAAAUGAUUGAUUUUGCCCACAUAUUCCCCGCAGAGGAUGAUUCCGUAGAUAGCAAUUACUUAGAGGGUCUUGAAAAUUUAAUUAAACUACUCGAAACGUUCCUGAUGUAAAUAGCUGUGAAAAACGAGAGAGGCCGCAUCGAAGGUCGUUACAAUGUACGAGAAU